AUGGGACCCUGUAGCUGCGGCUCAGUCCCCGGGAACAACUCCGUUCACCUAGAAACAGCCCGAGCCCUUGCAUACGAGUUUCACAAAAACAACAUCCAACUCGUCUAUGGCGGUGGCACGGCAGGCCUCAUGGGCGAAUUGGCCCGCACGUUGGUUUCUCUUUCCGGGCCACAAGCAGUGCACGGGAUCAUUCCUCGAGCUCUGGUCAAAGUCGAGCCCGGCUAUGACAAUGCCGAAGAGGUGAGGAACUCUUCUGCGGUCGUAAGUGGGAAAGAAGCAGAGCGGGUAGUCAAGGAGCCCAUGGGUAAGAUCGGGACGCUUAAGGAGUCAGAGUACGGGUAUACCACCAUCGUUCCAGAUAUGCACACGCGCAAGCGCAUGAUGGCCGAGAAGGUCCGCGAGGGUGGUCCGGGGUCGGGCUUUGUGGCGCUGGCGGGCGGGUUCGGAACUAUCGAGGAGGUUAUGGAAAUGACUACCUGGAAUCAAUUGGGAAUCCAUAAGCUUGGCAUGGUGUUGCUCAAUGCCAAUGGAUAUUGGGAUGGUGUGUUAGCGUGGGUGAAGAACUCAGUCCAAGAAGGCUUUGUUAGUGCCGAGAACGGCGAGAUCUUGGUUGAAGCCAAGAAUGUCACUGAGGUUUGGCCUAAGCUGGUUGGUUACAAGAUUAGCAAUGGGAGGAUGCAGUUGAACUGGGGAGGGGAGUAG